AUGGUGCAACCGCCUGUCGGCGAAAAUAGCCGGUACCUUUCCCUAUCUACCACCGACCCCUCCCCGCAAAUCAGACCAACGGUAUAUAUGCAAGGACAUCUUGAAACCUCCUCAGAUCAACCUGGAGACCUAGGAGGACCUCACCCAGAACAGACCAGCAUGAAGAACGGGAGUGAAGACCGGUGCAGCCUUCUGCGAAGCCACUCAGGUCGUCACCGCCAAGGCCAAAAGGGUACGUUGCAAGUCAUAAGUGCCUCGACUCCCAGUGCCAACACCCAGUCGCAUCCAAAAUGUCGACGCUACGAACGCACAUUUCCUGUCCGAAUCGGUCUCGAAGGACGCCUUCAGUGCACUAGACCAACAACCCGACAACGUCAACUUCUCCUCCCGCUCCUGUCCCUGCCGCAACUCCCGCGUAAACGACCAAGCCCUUCAUCGGUAAUCACACGACCGCUACCAUCAAUUACUGUCGCCAUUCGCCCUGCCUCCACUCCUAGGUCUAUCACAGGGACCAGCUCCGCCAACGCCGCGACAUCUCGCGUUCUUUUCAAGGGUGGGAUGACGUCCGACGCCCCAUCAACUGCUGCCAUUAAAACCAGCACGCCCAUAUUCAGCGAUGUAGACUCGGUCCAAAUCUGUCAUCCUCGCGACCGUACAUUCACCUCCCACACGGGCCUGGUCGGCUACUCGCAAAUGCACUCCACGGAGACUGGCGAGUCAGGUCCUGGAGCUUCCACAUACACUGGCCGCAUUCAUCUCAACUGUCAAUUCAAUUCAAUUCAAUUAUUUUUAUUAAAGAUUCGUUGGGGUCCCAUCAAAGCAAGUAAAAAUAAAUUUACAUGCAAAUUUUAGACGAUGAAGGCAAAAUCUGCACAAAGUGCAAUGCAUAGUUUUUGAGAUUAGAAGUCCGCUAAGCAAAAUGAAAAUGAAAAAAACGAGGGGUGAAAAAAAACUCCAAAGCAAAAUUUAAAAAUGAUUGUAGUAAUUUAACAGGAGAAAAAAAACCCUCAGAAAAAUAGCAUCAGAAAAAAACAGGGAGGACUGGCCUGCAUGUUGCGGUACAAAAUGGAAUAAAGCCCGACAUCAACAUGGCCGAAAUAGAUGUCAGCUGUAUAUGGCAUUGUGCAACGGAUUUCAUAAAAUGGUACGUAGGCGGGUCGGUCAGGACUGGCCUGUAUCACCUUGAAAAAGAAAAAUAAGUGCCGAAAUUGAAAACCAGUCUCAAGCCGAUAGGAACCCAGAUGCGGUCGGUUUCAUUCAACCGAGUCCAUCCGAACAUGGGGGAAGGGAGAUGCGACCAGAUUACUAGUAUAUGGCGAAUAUAGAAGGCUUUGUCAAGACCGCUGAUGGAGCGCAUUCAGUGAGGGCAUCAUGAAGAUCAGUCCCGAGGCGAUAGGAACCCAGAUGCGGUCGGUUAUAUUCAUCCGAGUCCAACCGAGGAUGGGGGAAGGGAGAUGCGACGAAACUGCUAGUAUAUGGCGAAUACAGGUGGUUUCGCCAAGGGCGUCGAAGGCGCGCAUUCUGUGAGGGCACGUUGCAUGAACUUAAAAAUUGGAUUAAAUAACAUUUCUGGUGAGCGGAUCUUAGGUAGCUAGACUAUUCAUAGAGAAAGGAAACGCGAACAGAUACGGAAAUUUAAUUGCGGCAUGCUAAAUACCCUGUGGCCCUUUCUCGGUGUCAUAGAAAAUGUCGUCUGGGAAGUAUGAGAAAGAUAAAAGUUUAAUCGAGUCAGUAUUCAGAUAAAGGCGUAGCCUUCUCUUAAAUUUGUGUAGAUUUUCUGAAGAUCUUAUAUUUAUUGGAAGGUUAUUCCAGAGGAAAGUAUAUCUGGAAGCGAAAAAAAGGGAGCGCUUAGAGGUUCAGGACGCUGAAAGAGGUAUAAUUAGAGACGAGUUGCGAAGAUUGUAUGGGCGACUACUAGGGGUAAGUGUUGAAAUCCGAGGAAAAUUUGUUCUAUGAUUAAUGCGAAAGAGGAGACAGAGGCCCGCUUCUAGUCUUCGAACCCAUAAAAAUUUUAGGUUAGUUAGUUGGCAUCUAUCUGAGUAGGAGAUAUUGGGAUGUUCCCUAUCUAAAAGUUUUUUUGAAAAACGUCUUUGGACAUUUUCAAUUUUUAAACGACUGGCUUCAUUCAUCAAACCAAAGAAUGGACAACAAUACUCGAGAAUGGGAAGUACAAACAUACGAUAGAGCCUUAAUUUAAUUUCAGGAAGAUAGAAAUUGUAAGAAAUAAAGUCACAAAUCUGGGCAGCUUUGGCUGUAAUUCUGUCAGCGUGCGGCGAGAGAUCAAGAUUACUAGUGUAGCUUAAACCUAAAUCCUUGAUGGUGGCACAUUCAGUCAUAGGUGUUCCUUGAAAGACCACAGGUUGGGGUAGCCUAUCAGGUCCAAAACACAUAUAACGACAUUUAGACGGAGAGAUUUCCAUUAGCCAUUUUGAGCUCCAAGCUGAGAGAGCAAGCAAGUCAGCAUGGAUUUGCUCCAGGCAAUGAAGGCUUGUAGAUUUUUUGAAAAAAUAUACACAUUUGAGAUCAUCGGCAUAAAUAAAUGAUUGAGAAUGUUUAACUGCGGCUGAAAUAUCAUUUAUGUAAAGCAAUAGCAAAAGAGGACCUAAAACGGUACCUUGUAGAUAAUAGAUAAUUUUUUUAUUAAAGACCCGUCGGGGUCCCAUCAAAGCAAGUUAAAGUAAAUUUGCAUGCGAGUUUUAGACGAGGUAGGCUGAAUCUUUACAAAAUGCAAUUCAUAGUUUCUGAAUUAGAAGUCCAUUGAGAAACAUGAAGAUUGAGGGGUGAAAAAAACUCCUCGGAAAAAGUUAAAAAUGAUUGGAUUAAUUUUACAGGAGAAAAACCCCUCAUUAAAAAUAAUAUCAGAAAAAAUGCGAGCAGGACUGGCCUGUAGGUGGCGGUAUAUAACGGAAUGUUUUCGGUCAUCGUCAGGGUAUCAAUAAAUGUCCGCCUUGAUGGGUUCGAAUGUGGGUCAGACAGGACUGGCUUGCAAAUGGCAUUGUAUACGGGAUUCACAACUCAGAUCGUCUGGGCCGGAUUGGUACGCCGCGUCAAAGAGGCCAGACGAGAGGAACCGAGAUGCGAUCGGCCACAGCACGCUUCGAGCUCAGCCGAGCAGUAAGGAAGGGAGGUACGACCGAACUACUAGUAGACAGUGAAUACGGAAGGUUCCGCCGUGAGCGUCGACAGACCGCAUGAGGUCGGAAUGCGGGAGAUGACAUCAAAAACCGCGAAAAUUGUCGCUAUGGGGGAAGGAUGGCGAUGGAUUUAGAAACCAAUUAAAAACAGGGGUUUCUAAUGAUAUAAUUAAGAGUUACCACUUAAUCUACCACUAAAUCCCAGGAGGACCCUUCUCGAAGUCAAGAACCUGAGUGUUCGGGAAUGAGACCGUUAACAGUGCCUUUAUGCUUUCCGGUGUAAGAUGGUUGCGUAAUUUCGACUUGAAUACCAGUAACCUAGGCGAUAAUCUAGUUUCAGGCGGAAGAUUAUUCCAAAGAAAGGCAUAUUUGGAAGCAAAGAAGAGGGAGCGCUUAGAUGUAGUACAAAGAGGCGGCGGAAUAACCAUGCAGGAGUUGCGCGUGGCAUAAGACCGAUCUCUCGGAGUGAGAGUGUCAAUGUGCGGAAGACUGGAGCUAGAGUUGAUGCGAAAAAGGAAGCAAAGGCCAGCUUCGAGUCUUCUAACCCACAAAAACUUCAUGUUCGCCAGCUGACAUCUCUGAGUAUAAGAAAUACUAGACGAAGCUUGUGAGAACAGUUUCCGAGUGAAAGCCCUCUGAACAUUUUCGAUUUUAUUACGGUCGCAGGCGCUCAUUAAACCGAAGAAAGGACAGCAAUAUUCGAGGACUGGAAGAACAAACAUUUGAUAAAGUCUUAGCUUCAUUUCCGGAAGGAAAAAAUUAUGCGAUAUGAAUCCACAUAUCUGCGCGGCUCUGGCAGAGAUUCUAUCUGCAUGAGGUGAUAAAGAAUGUUUAUUUGUAUAACUUAGACCUAGGUCCUUUAUGGUGAGGCAUUCUGAGAGUGGGUUAUUCUGAAAAAUUAUGGGACCAGGAAGUUUGGUAGGACCAAAAGACAUGAAACUACACUUGGAUGAUGAAAACUCCAUCUGCCAUGUCGAACCCCAUCUGCUUAAGCGUAGUAAAUCGGCAUUAAUUUUUUCAACACAAACAUUUGCGGUGUCCUUAGAGUAUGAGUAAACACACUUGAGGUCAUCGGCAUAAGUAAAAGUUUGCGAAUUUGCGAGUUCAGUCGAAAUAUCAUUGAUGUACAGAAGGAAGAGUAGCGGACCCAGGACCGUGCCUUGAAGUACGCCACUCGUGAUCGAGUGAGGUGUCGAGUAGCUAUUACCGACCAUGACUUUCUGAUAUCGGUUGGACAGAUAGGACCUAAUGAAGUCGAGUAGAGGCGGCCGAAUGCCGAGGGCUUCCAAUUUUACUAAAAGACGUCUAUGGGGCACCUUGUCAAAGGCUUUGCUAAGAUCAAAGUAAAUAACUACCACUGACUGCCGCUCAUUACGAAGAGAAGUGAUUAGAUUAAGAAAAGCCAAGUGGCAUGUUUCGCAGGAUCGUUCCGGUAAAAACCCAUGCUGACUAGAGCUCAGAAGCCGAUUAGCUAGACAGAAGUCAAGAAUUUCAUUGAAAAUAAUCCUUUCAAGAAGUUUUGCUAGAGACGGCGUUUUGUGCACGCCCCGAUAGUUAUUAACAUCGGACCGAGAUCCCGACUUGAAAACGGGAAUGAUAAUUGACGUUUUCCAUGUUUCAGGAAAGAAUCCUUUUGAAAUAUAAACCGAGAAUAGAUGACUGAGCAAUAAGGGAAAGUCGGACGCUUGUUUAAUAAUCGAAUUCGGAAUCCCGUCCGUUCCUGAGCAGUGUGAGUAUUUCAAACGGCUCAUGUGUUUUUUAAUGAGAUCUGAGGAGACAUCAAUUGUACUAAGUGUCCUAUCUGAAAGUGAUCGAGAGAAAGGGACCGGAUCGGACUCGGUAGCAAGGUGUUUUGCGAAGAAAGCACUAAACAACUCCGCCUUGUUAGUGUCAUCGGUGAGGAAGACUUUGUUAUCAUUUAGCAUGGGUGGAAGUUCAUGACCCCACUUAGAGGAGGACCGAUGACGGAAGAUGUUAGCGACGGAUUUGCCAGGGUUCGAACCACUGAGAGCGAUUGAUUCUCUUUGCCUGUCGCGCGCUUGGCGCAUCCUUGAGGCCAUCUCAAAUAUCUCUGUGAUUCUAAGAUGAACAGAUAAGGAACUAGUGGAUGGGUCACGCAGUUGUCGCCUCAACUUUUUUAGUCUGUUCUGAAGAAAAUGAGGAACAAGAGAAUCUGAAGAAUUAGGCUUGAGAUAUCUACGCGGCACAAACUCUAGUAUGUCCUUGAAAACAUUGGACAUGACAUCACGAAGAAUGGUUACAUCGCUACAAGUGAGGAAGCCACACCAAUCCAAGGAUCUCAUAUAGUUAUUUAUUAAGUCGCUAUCUACGCAGUCGUAGUUCAUGAAAGUCUGAACAGCGCUUGUCUUUUUUGAAAAGGCAAGCGGUAGGCAACAAUGAAUUAAUACGUGGUCACUGUCAAAGAGGUCCUUUUUUAAAGCAACAGAAAGAGGAGCAAUGUCAUUGGUAAAGAUUAGAUCUAAAAUGUGAUUAUCUCUUGUUGGAGAGCGCACCAGUUGGGACCAAUUAGAAAAAUUGAUAAUAUCCUGAAAGGACUGGAAUCUGGGUGGGCAGCUAUUGGGAACCCAGUCAAUUUCAGGAAGGUUACAAUCCCCAGUGAUUAUUUUAACAUCGAAAGCAGCUUCCGAAAUUAAUUUAAAGAUUUCACAGAGUUGUGAAUCAUCACUGGCUAAGGAAUUUGGGGGAUUGUAGAUACAGCCAAUAAUUGCCUUUCUUUGUGGCGAGAGAAUAACAGAUGCAAAGCAGAAGUUUCCCGCGAAUGAGGAAACAUCCAAGUAAUAGGGAGAGUGCUUUAGGUAGGAUUUAAGAUAAAGAAGACAACCACCCCCACGCCUAGUCGUGCGGUCUUGGCGGUAAAAAUCGAAGUCAUCUAUGAGAAGGGCAGAGUCAGGAAUUAGAGAAUGUGUCCAAGAUUCUGUUACACAUAUAAUAUCAGGCGUCAUUUCCAGAGCAAUGGCUCUGAUUUGGGCCAUCUUGUUUAUAACAGACCUGGCAUUCAAUAAUAUAAUAUCUAAUGUGUUUCGAACGGCAAUGCUAUUUUCGACGGACACCGCUCACAAUAGGAAUUUCACUGGAAAGUGAAGAUCCCACCAAAACCUUUUGUUUACGAUUAGACAGGUGUGACCUGAGAAAGUCUAUUAGUCGACUGCGAAUUCCCAUAGCUUCCAAUUUAACCAAGAGUCUUUUAUGUGGCACUCUAUCAAAGGCUUUACUAAGAUCAAAAUAAAUUACGACAACAGAUAGGUGAUCAUUACGAAGAGAGGUAAGUAGAUCGAGAAACGACAGAUGACAUGUUUCACAAGAGCGAUCUGGUAAAAAACCAUGCUGGUAAGGGCUAAUAACUUGAUUGGCUAUGCAAAAUUCGGUAAUUUUUAUGGCGAUAAUUUUUUCAAAGAUUUUGGCGAGAGAGGGUGUUUCAUGGACACCUCGAUAGUUCUGUACGUCAGAACGACAGCCAGACUUAAAUACUGGAAUAAUAAUAGAAGUUUUCCAAUAGUGCGCAAAUUGAGCUAACACAUGAGCCUAUUGGGUCACGUGCGUAUUCACGAAAACCUGCUAUAUGUAACCUCUGGCUACUCCAUACCAUCGCAACCCCCUCCACCAGCACCUGCAUCACAUAUCACGCCUGUUAAUAGCGUGUGCUUGCGCAUAUGGGUAGUGCCUCUCAAUGGGAUGUAGGGGUGUCCGGCAGUGGGUGCACGCGACAGACGUAAUAGGCCGCUCGCUUGAUUGAAGGUCUAGACUACUCUGAGCGUCCACUUGCUGACACAUAACUCUCACAUGUAGCUCCCCGAAGCUAGGCUCUGCUUAGCGGCCACACCCCAAUGACUGCCUCCACCGGCGGGUUACACCAGGUGAGGGUAUUCGCUUAUGCAUUUCCGUACACGGUAGUUUCGGUUGGCCGGAUGGAUCACCGCAUUGGCAUCGCCGGGACGAGGCUCUGUCUGGAACACCGUAGGAGGCCACGAGGCGAGUGAGCCCCCAGGUAAGCGAACGUUGUCUGCUGUCUUUGUUUUUACCUGUUCUUGCUCACCUGCGUUCUGCCUGAUGGUUUGUGUCUGUCCUUAUUAGAAACUGACUGCCGUUCCGAUAAACUGAACUUAGCAUCGCUGGGAAGAUCUUCGCUCGCAUUUUUCUCUACCGCCUGGAAAACCGUCUGGAACAGGGUCUCCUGCCAGUAAGCCAGUGUUGCUUCUACCGUCAUCGUGGGACCCCCGACAUGAUCUUCGCGGCGCAUAAACUGCAGGACAAGUGUUAGGAGAUGCGGACCCACCAGUGCUAUACCUUCGUAAACCUGACAAAAGCCUUCGAUGAAGUUAAUCAUGAUGGACUGUGGAAAAUCAUGCAGAAAUUUGGCUGUCCCGAACAGUUCACUGAGAUGAUGCAUUGGCUCCACGAUGACAUGAUGGCGCAAGUCGCAGACAAUGGAGCCGUCCAAGAGGCAUUCGCAGUGACCAACGGAGCGAAGCAGGGUUGCGCUCUCGCGCGUACCUUCUUCAUUCUCAUGUUCGGUGCCAUGUGGAUGGGCGCUUAGCGUGAUGAACGCCAUGGGAUCCGCAUCGCCUACAGGACGGACGGCCAACUCCUCAAUCGCCGGCGGAUAAACUUUCAGUCGCGUGUAUCCACAACCACCGUCCAACAACUUCUAUUCGCCGAUGGCUGCGUACUCAACGCAACUACUGAGAAGGGCAUGCCAAGACGCAUAGAUCUCUUCUACGCUGCCUGCGAGAACCUCGGCCUGAUCAUCAAUUCGGAGAAGCCGGCGGUCAUGCACCAACCGCCACCCAAUACUGUCCACAGUGCACCGCGAAUCAGCGUGAACGGAACCCAUCAACAAGUGGUGGAAAACUUCACAUAUCUGGGCUGCACCAUGUCCUACAGCACCACGAUCGAUGACGAAGUGGUCCGCCAGAUUUCCAAUACUAGUCAAGCCUUCGGUCUCCCCGAAUCACAGUUUCGAAACGCCACAGUUUUCAACUCGGCGUCUUUUGAAUGCGGUUUGAAUUUUUCGACCUCCGAGGGAAUUACCGUUUCCGAGUCUCCUGAGUGCUGGACGCUUUGA